ACGUUGAUCUCGGGCCUUUCUUGUUCAGAGAAUAUGGCCGACAUUUUGAUACUGCUGUCAUGAAGAUAUCCCAGUGACAAAUUUUAACUUUGUAGUUCUUCAUGCACGGUUUUAUGUUCCAGUUUAUAUUUUAUUUUUUGUAAUUUCAUAGACGAUUUUUAGUGUAAGCUUAAUAAUUGUUAAAUAUGGCAGCAGACCGCGAAAUAGCUGCUGAAGACAGCAUUAGAGUCGUAUGCCGAUUUCGGCCACUCAACGACUCCGAAGAAAAAGCUGGUUCAAAAUUUAUUGUGAAAUUUCCUUCAGGACCUGACGAUAAUUGCAUUUCUAUAGGGGGUAAAGUAUAUCUGUUUGACAAAGUAUUUAAGCCCAAUGCAACACAAGAGAAAGUCUAUAAUGAAGCUGCAAAAAGCAUUGUAUCAGAUGUUCUUGCUGGAUACAAUGGUACCAUAUUUGCAUAUGGUCAGACCAGCUCUGGAAAAACACAUACAAUGGAGGGUGUCAUAGGAGACCCAGGUAAACAGGGUAUCAUUCCAAGGAUAGUCAAUGACAUUUUCAAUCAUAUUUAUGCAAUGGAAGAAAAUCUUGAAUUCCACAUAAAAGUUUCAUAUUUUGAAAUCUAUAUGGACAAAAUCAGAGACUUAUUAGACGUUUCAAAGGUAAACUUAAGUGUGCACGAAGAUAAGAAUAGAGUUCCAUUUGUAAAAGGUGCUACUGAACGAUUUGUUUCAAGUCCAGAAGAAGUGUUUGAAGUUAUAGAGGAAGGCAAAUCUAAUAGACAUAUUGCUGUUACAAAUAUGAAUGAACAUUCAUCUAGAUCUCAUUCAGUGUUCCUGAUUAAUGUGAAACAAGAAAAUUUAGAAAAUCAAAAGAAAUUGUCAGGAAAACUAUAUCUUGUGGACUUGGCUGGUUCAGAAAAGGUGUCUAAAACUGGUGCUGAAGGUACGGUACUUGAUGAAGCAAAGAAUAUUAAUAAAUCUCUGUCAGCCUUGGGUAAUGUCAUUUCGGCUCUAGCUGAUGGUAAUAAGUCCCACAUUCCCUACAGAGAUUCAAAACUGACACGUAUCUUGCAAGAAUCUCUUGGAGGUAAUGCUCGUACAACCAUUGUCAUUUGUUGCUCUCCGGCAUCAUUCAACGAAAGUGAAACUAAAAGUACUCUGGACUUUGGUAAAAGGGCAAAAACCGUCAAGAAUGUUGUUUGUGUCAAUGAAGAACUCACAGCUGAGGAAUGGAAACGUCGCUAUGAAAGGGAGAAGGAGAAAGUUGGUCGGCUUAAAGGAAAGGUUGAGAAACUGGAGGCUGAAAUCAGCAGAUGGAGAUCUGGUGAAACAGUGCGCCCUGAAGAGCAGGUCAAUCUGGUUGAAAUUGAUGCUGCAACCCCAGUUACAUCCUUCAUUGAAGAGAAACCUCUUGUGCCUCCAGUGCCAGUAGCUGUAGCCAGUGUUGUGGAAGAUGCAGCUAUGCAGGGCAAGCUUGAAGCUCUGUAUCAACAACUGGAUGACAAAGAUGAAGAAAUCAACCAGCACACACAGAUGAUUGAAAAGCUUAAGGAACAAAUCAUGGAACAAGAAGAGCUCAUCGCUUGCACAAGACGCGAUUACGAAACUCUGCAAGGAGACAUGAACCGAAGCCAACAAGAGAACGAGGCUUCCAAGGAAGAAGUGAAGGAGGUCCUUCAGGCCCUGGAAGAGCUGGCAGUGAACUACGACCAGAAGUCGCAAGAGGUAGACAGCAAGAGCCGCGAAUGUGACCAGCUUUCGGAAGAGCUACAGGCAAAACAGAGUGCCCUUGCAACCGCAACAGGUGAACUUCAGCAGCUACGCGACCUGUCUGCCCAUCAACGCAAACGCAUCGCCGAGCUUCUUACGAAUCUUCUACGAGACCUGUCGGAGAUCGGGGCCGCCGUGGGUGGUUCUGAGCUGGACUUCAAGUUGAACGUGGAUACAGUCGGAAAGCUUGAAGAGGAGUUCACGGUUGCACGUCUCCAUAUCAGCAAGAUGAAGAGUGAAGUGAAGAAUAUUGUGCAACGGUGCCAUUCACUCGAGACGGCAAAUAUUGACGCCAAUCAGAAGAUUGAAGAGUAUGAGCGGACACUGGGUGAGUGCAGACUGCUGAUUUCUCAGCACGAGGCCAGAUGCGCAUCUCUGGCUGAGUCCAUGCGGGAAGCAGAGAACAAGAAGAGACAGUUGGAGGAGGCUGCAGAUGCUUUGAGAGAAGAGUGUGCGCGUUUACAGGCGGCAGAGCGCGUCCAGCUGGCAGCGGCGGAACAACGCGCCGACACACAAGUCCGCGCUGCCCUGGAAGCUCAGUUGGAACAGCUUCGGGCUUCACAUGCGUCACAACUCGCAGCCCUUCGGGACGAGCUGGCUGCUUUGCAGAGACAGCACCAAGACCUCAAGGAUACACACCAGGAGUUGAGCCUGGCCAAGCAACAGCUCCAAGACGAUUACGAGAAGCUGAAGCGCGAGGAGACGGACAAGUCUGCCAAACUCAAAGAGCUCAUUCAAAGCGUGGAGCGUCGCGAACAAGCCCGCGCCGAUCUCAAGGGAUUGGAAGACACCGUGGCUAAGGAAUUGCAGACUUUGCACAAUCUACGGAAACUAUUCGUUCAAGACUUGCAGGCCAGGAUAAAGAAAUCCACAAACUCAGAGGAAGGCGCGGAGGAAGAGGGAGGCUCCUUGGCUCAGAAACAGAAGAUCUCGUUCUUGGAGAACAACCUGGAGCAACUCACCAAGGUGCACAAACAGUUGGUGCGCGACAACGCCGACCUGCGCUGCGAACUGCCCAAGCUGGAGAAGAGGCUCCGAGCCACCAUGGAGAGGGUCAAGGCGCUCGAGACCGCGCUCAAGGAGGCUAAAGAAGGCGCUAUGCGUGACCGUAAGAGAUACCAGUUCGAGGUGGACAGAAUCAAGGAAGCCGUACGUGCCAAGAACCUCGCGCGAAGGGGCGUGCAAGCACAAAUUGCCAAACCCAUCCGCGCUGGUGGCGGCCAUUUGCCGGGCGGAGGCGCGGUGCGACCUGCGCCUGCGCAGGACAUUAAACGGAAGUCCAUCAUUGUUGGAGCUAGAGAUGAAAGUUGAAGAGGUAGCUGUUACAUCAUAGAGAAUCUUAAGUGAAAAUUCAUAGAUGUAUUUUUAAAUAACGCGGCAAAAUCGUUCUUGAAAAAAAAAACAAUUAUUCUACUAUUUAUCAAAAGCCUAAUAUGUAAGUUACACAGCAAAAAUAACAAUAUAGUAGUAACUAAGGCUUAACAUUUGACCUCUUUAAUCCUAAUGUUAAGAAUGCACAUGUUUAGGGAGAUAGGCUUAUGCAAGUUUUUCUGGCGAUUUCAACACAAUAUUCAACUUUCCAUUGGUUUUUAAACGAACGAGUAUUAUUUAGUACCAAUUGACGCCUUGAAUCUCCCGAGGAAGUAAUGUUGCGGCCGGUCAGUACAAAUCGGUUUACCACGAAGCGGCCGGCGUCUAAUAUUCCUUCCUUCGAGAGUUACCCGCUAUGAAUUUCGCAGGCAUACGCUGCCGCACAAAGAAAAAAUAUAAAAGUAUAAAAAAAAAUUAUGUCUGUCGUGUCAAGUGUGGUGGCAAAUGCAUUCAGAGUGCGUUCGCGUAGUUCUAGUGUAAGCUUCUUUAAAAUAUUUUUAUAUAUUGUGAUAAGCGUUAUGCCGACAUGUCAGCAUUUAUGAGUUAAUGGCGCCGGGUGAUUACGUAACGUGUACUACGCGCACGCGUAACGAUUUACAGUACCAGCGAUUUAUGAGUCGCAUCGUGCUUUAGAAAGAGAUAGUCGCUUUGUAGAGCGUCAUCUCUCACACUAUAUAUGUAUUAGGAGACAGAGACGGCUAUACGAGGCCGAAGCUAGCCGAGUAUCUCUUUCUAAAACCCGUUGCGAGUUAAAAAUGGCCGGGUACUGUACAGUUUCUUGCCCUCCCCUCCUCUAGUCAGAAAAUCAAAUCGAUUCAAACAUGAUGAACUAUAUGGACCGGUCUACGGUUGCGCGUAAGACACAUGGGCGUGUGUAUCUGGGCGACUUGCUGUGACGAGCAAGUUCUCGGCCUCGAGGUACUAUUUGCGCCGACGCACGAAUCCUUAGUGGGCGAUUUUUUUAUUCCCCAAGGGUAUACGAAAAUCACUUUCAACUAAAACCUUUCAAUUCCCAAUAUGUUAUCACCCGGGUCACCUAACUUGCGUUAUACGUUUUGGCAGAGCUGUGAUGAUUUGUAGUUUCCCGUUUCGAUGCUAACUGUAUUCUAAAGCUUUUGUUUUUAGUAGGAAUUCACAGAUUCACUUUAAUAUUGGCGAUAUCUUAUCGAUUCAAACUGGGUUGCGCCUGCGAUUCGGUUGACGUUCUCUAUUUGCUUUUAAUUAGCUUCGUAGAUCUGUAACUAAUGUAAGUACUUAUGAAAUAUGGAAGGGAGUUGUGGAACCGACCUCGACUUGGUCAGUUAACCAAAGAUAAAUCACAAACUCAUCGAGAUUACCAACUGAAAUUACUUUGCGGUUCUGGAGCUCCUCAGCGUGUUGCAAUACAUAUUAUUUAGGUGUAAAGUAGUAAAUUAUUUCUUUACUUAGUUAUUUAUUACAUUCUCGUCUUUAUUUACUUUUGAGAGACGCUUUUUACGUAUUUACAAGGUUUUUUUAAUCAUGAUCGCGUAUGUUCGCCGGAACUGUCAGCUCGGGAGGCGUAUGUCUGUUUCUUAAGUGAAUGUAUGGAAGAGGCUUUCUCGGUUUCCGAUCGCCGAAGCAUUGACAGCUCAAAGGGCCGACCCCUGACCCAGGCUUGCCUUUGCAACAAGUGAUUUAGUUUAAUCAGCAUCUUUUGUAUGAUGUAUAUGAUAGGGAAAUUCUCAGGACGAGUGUUUUCUUUAUUAUGAAAAUAAAAAUAUGACUUUAAUUUGC